CCGCCAACUGCCCAGGAGUCAGCAGCUAAGCUCACACAGCCAGCUAGACAGACUGACUCUCGGACACCCAACACCCCAGCCUCUUCCACAGGCACGUCGACCAUGCAGCCCCUGUGGCUUCUCUCGGCUCUGCUGGCCCUGAGCCACGCCCUGCCCUUUGAGCAAAAGGGCUUCUGGGACUUCACACUGGAUGACAGCCUGGUCCUCAUGAAUGACGAGGAGGCCUCAGGCGCCGGCUCGACCUCGGGGGCCCCGGACCUGGACUCCAUCACCCCAACCUUCAGUGCCUUGUGUCCUUUUGGCUGCCACUGCCACCUUCGAGUGGUUCAGUGCUCCGACUUGGGUCUGAAGGCUGUGCCUAAGGACAUCUCACCUGACACGACCCUGCUGGACCUGCAAAACAAUGACAUCACCGAGCUCCGCAAGGAUGACUUCAAGGGCCUCCAGCACCUCUAUGCUCUGGUCUUGGUGAACAACCAGAUCGCCAAGAUCCACGAGAAGGCCUUCAGCCCCCUGCAGAAGCUGCAGAAGCUCUACAUCUCCAAGAACCACCUGGUGGAGAUACCCCCCAGCCUGCCACGCUCUCUGGUGGAGCUCCGCAUCCAUGACAACCGCAUCCGCAAGGUGCCCAAGGGUGUGUUCCGUGGACUGCGCUACAUGAACUGCAUCGAGAUGGGCGGGAACCCCCUGGAGAACAGUGGCUUUGAACCUGGAGCCUUCGACGGUCUGAAGCUCAACUACCUGCGCAUCUCCGAGGCUAAGCUCACCGGGGUCCCCAAAGACCUCCCCGAGACUCUGAAUGAACUCCACCUGGACCACAACAAGAUUCAGGCCAUUGAGCUGGAAGACCUGCUCCGCUACUCCAAGCUGUACAGGCUGGGCCUGGGCCACAACCAGAUCCGCAUGCUGGAGAACGGCAGCCUGAGCUUUCUGCCCACAUUGCGGGAGCUGCACUUGGACAACAACAAGCUGUCCCGGGUACCCCCCGGCCUUCCGGACCUCAAACUGCUCCAAGUGGUCUACCUGCAUUCCAACAACAUCACCAAGGUGGGCGUCAAUGACUUCUGCCCCGUGGGCUUCGGGGUCAAGCGGGCCUACUACAACGGGAUCAGCCUCUUCAACAACCCUGUGCCCUACUGGGAGGUACAGCCUGCCACCUUCCGCUGCGUCACCGACCGCCUGGCUAUCCAGUUCGGCAACUACAAGAAGUAGGAGUUGGGGGGAGCUUCCAGGAACUUGGCAGACACCCACCCUGGAUGCUCACCCCACCCCCUCUGGCCAUCCUAAGGAGCAACACAAGGGCACCCCUGCCAGCCACUCCAUCCCAUGACCCUGGCCUAGGAGCUGCCUCCACCCACCUGUCCCCACCUGCCCCAAGGCCACACACAGGAGUCUGGGCAGCUUUCCCAUGUAGGCUUGUGUGCAGGCUCAGCCACAGCAGAGUGCCUGCAGGUCUUGGGUUUUUUUUUUUUGGGGGGGGGGAUAAUAGCUCUCUCUCUCUCUCUCUCUCUCUCUCUCUCUCUCUCUCUCUCUCUCUCUCUCUCUCUCUCUCUCUCUCUCCUUGUUCUCCUCGGACCCUGUGACAUCCCCCCUACCCCACCCCUACACACACCUCAAUGAACUCUGUCGUUCUGUCUAGUCCCUCUGUCUCUCCCACCCUUUCUUGGCCAGGCCUCAGACACGGUCCCGCCCAGGCAGGCCUGGUGGGCAGCUGCUUCCCCUACAGGCCCUGGCCAGGCCUGGCCCAGACAGCCCCAUUGAAGAGGCUGCAGGAGAUCAGGCUGGGCUUCCCGAUGCCCAUCGCCCACUGUCACUUCUCCCCUGCCUGUCCCUUCUCCCCCUGGCCCUUGUGGGGGUGGGGACAAGCAUUCAGCAUGAGGCUGAGCUGCCUCUGAGGGAGAUGGCUAUCUUUCCAUUAAAGAAACACUGUGCAAUAUGA